UGAAAAACUUCAAUCUUUUUCAAUUACUAUAAACAUGAUAUCAGAAAAAAAAAAUAUGGAGAUUAACAGAUUCAUCAAAAUACUGAGUGUACUGAUGUUUGUACUUUCACUAUGCAUGAAACUUAAUUCAGUAUCUGCUGCUAAAGUUAGGUGCAUAGACAGGGAAAGACAAGCUCUUCUCAAGUUUAAGCAUGGCCUUGUUGACGACCAUGGAAUUCUCUCAUCCUGGGGAAGUGAAGAAGUUAUAAAGGAAUGUUGCAAAUGGAAGGGCAUCUUGUGUAGCAACAGAACUGGUCAUGUAGUUUCACUCGAUCUGCAUGUACCUCCACCUCCGUCGGGUUUUUAUGUUUAUCUGCAGGCUGCUAAGCUUAGCCCCGCACUGCUUGAGUUGCAGCAUUUGAAUUAUUUGGACUUGAGUUUUAUUGAUUUUGGAAGAAGUGAAAUACCGAGAUUCAUUGGUUCCUUCAAUAAACUAAGGCACUUGAAUCUUUCAAACUCAAACUUCACUGGUGAAGUUCCUUGUGAACUUGGGAACCUUACAAACCUGCAUACUCUCAACCUUCAUCUUAACGAUUUGAGAAUCAAGAACCUUGAGUGUCUUUCUCAUCUUUCUUUCCUGUCAUAUCUUGACUUGAGUGGAAAUGAUUUUGGAAGAAGUGAAAUACCAAGAUUCUUUGGUUCCUUCAAUAAACUAAGGCACUUGAAACUUUCAUACUCAAACUUCACUGGUGAAGUUCCUUGUGAACUUGGGAACCUUACAAACCUACAUACUCUUGACCUUUGUGGUAACGAUAUAAGAAUCAAGAACCUUGAUUGGCUUUCUCAUCUUUCUUUGCUGUCAUAUCUUGACUUGAGUAAUAAUGAUUUUGGAAGAAGUGAAAUUCCAAGAUUCUUUGGUUCCUUCAAUAAACUAAGGCACUUGAAACUUUCAUACUCAAACUUCACUGGUGAAGUUCCUUGUGAACUUGGGAACCUUACAAACCUACAUACUCUUGACCUUUGUGGUAACGAUAUAAGAAUCAAGAACCUUGAGUGGCUUUCUCAUCUUUCUUUGCUGUCAUAUCUUGGAUUGAAUGGUGUGAACCUUAUGAAUCAAACCAGCUGGUUGCACAGCAUAACAAGGUUCUCUUUCCUUGAGAAAUUGUUUUUGUCAAACUGUCAACUUCCCAACACAAUGCCUUCCUUCGAUAUCUUUACUAAUUCUUCUUUACCCUAUCUGUCCAUCCUCGAUUUAUCCUCCAAUGAUCUCACUUCCUCUUUUGCAUUCCACUGGUUAUUUAACCUUAGUGCAAGUCUUACUUACAUAGAUCUCUCCUAUAAUCGAUUAGACGGUCUGAUUCCUGAUGCCUUUGGAGAAUUGAUUUUUCUUGAGGAGCUUUGGUUGAAUAACAAUACGUUCCAUGGGGGGGUUCCAAAAUCUUUUGGAAAUUUAAGUCAUUUAUAUUAUCUAGACAUAUCAUACAAUGAAUUAAACGGUUCCUUGACAGCUGUUACCAAACUUUCGUCCUUAAGAUCUUUAUACCUUAACAACAACAAGCUGAAUGGGUUUCACACACAAAGCCCUGGGUUACCUUCAAGUCUUGAAAGGUUAUUUUUAUCUUACAACCAAUCUAGAAGGCUACCCGAAGGUAUUGAGAAACUUUCCAAGCUCCAAUAUUUAGACAUGUCUUCAAAUUUGUUGGAAGGUACAAUCACUAAAUCGUUCCUCUCAAACUUUGCCAACUUAAAAUACCUAGAUUUAUCCUUAAACUCCUUGGCUUUCAACUUGAGCUCAGAUUGGAUUCCUCAUUUUCAAUUGGAGAGAAUACUGCUCAGCCAUUGCUAUUUGGGGCCUCAUUUUCCAAAUUGGAUUCAAACUCAGAGUACUCUUGAAGUUCUUGAUCUCUCUUUUGCUGGUAUAUCAGAUGCAUUACCUAAUUGGUUGUGGAAUAUGUCUUCUUUAUCUAGAUUAGAUCUUUCUCAUAACGAUAUUAGUGGUAAAAUUUCUAAUUUGUCCUCAAAGUCGAUUUUUCGUGAAGUUGUAGAUUUAAGUUAUAACAAUUUAUCAGGUCCCAUUCCAUUAUUUCUUUUUCUUUCUGGAGAAUUAAAAAUGUCCAAAAAUAUGUUUUCGGGAUCCAUUUUUCACUUUUGCACAAUUCCUGAGGUCUCCAGUAUCCUCGUGCUUGAUCUCUCUGAUAACCAAUUGGAAGGAGAACUUCCUAAUUGCUGGUUGAACACGACGUUUUUAUUUAUUUUGGAUUUGGCAAAUAAUAAGUUCUCAGGUAAAAUUUCCCCCACUUUGGGCAGUUUGGAUAAGCUUGAAGUAUUACACUUGCGCAACAAUAAUUUCAUUGAUGAAUUGCCUUCAACUUUGAGGAAUUGCACGAGGCUGAGAAUGCUUGAUGUGGGAGGAAACAAGUUAACAGGUAAUAUUCCAGCAUGGAUAGGAACACAUUUAACAAGUUUGACAGUUCUUAGCCUUCGACGGAACGAAUUUGAUGGAGUCAUGCCUUCAACAAUUUGCCGCCUUGCCAAUAUCCAUGUCUUGGACCUUUCUAGAAACAAUAUUUCAGGAAGAAUAUCACGGUGUUUAAACAAUAUUACUGCUUUGGUUCAGAAGAACAGUUCAAUUGAAUAUGGUGAUUGGAAAUUUUACAAUGCUGAUUAUGUUAACAACGCUUUUGUUCAAUGGAAAGGACAAGAUACAGAAUACAAAACACUAGGACUUCUGAAAGGCAUUGAUCUUUCUAGAAAUAAACUUUUUGGACCUAUUCCUCAAGAGUUUUCUGCUUUAAGGGGUUUAGUUUUCUUGAACUUAUCUAGAAAUCAUUUGACUGGAAAUAUCAUUUCAAACAUUGGUCAAAUGGAGAUGUUAGAAUGUCUUGACUUGUCUCGAAACCAGCUUUCAGGGAAGAUACCGAAUAGCCUUGCACAUCUAAAUUUUCUCGGUGUUUUGGAUUUAUCAUACAAUAAUUUGACGCGAAAGAUUCCUUUGGGCACUCAACUACAAAGCUUCAAUUCCUCUGCGUAUGCCGAUAAUAGCCAACUCUGUGGAAAGCCUCUGACGGAGUGUCCUGAAGAUAUUUCUAGUAGUUCUGUGACUGAUCACGGAAAGGGAAAUAUUUUUGAAGAAGAUGACGGGUUUAUAACUCGCGAUUUUUACAUUUGCAUGGCAUUUGGUUUCAUUACUGGAUUCUGGGUAGUUGUUAUAACUCUAUUCAUCAAGCAUUCUUGGAGACAUUCCUACUUCAACUUUUGGAAUAAUGUUGGAAACUGGAUGUACGUGACAACAACAAUCUAUGUGACAAGAUUCAAGAGAAAAUUUCAGACGUAAAGGAGGCCCUUCUAGGAAACAAGAAAGUGUUGACUAUCAUUCAAACAAUAUGUUUGCUGGAGAGGUGCAGGGACUAUGCAUGGCAGUGUUUCUAUUUCUAUUAUAGUUAUCACCGUUGUCUUAUUUUCUAAGUAUUUUUAAAAUAAUAUCAAUUCCAUACAAAUAACUAGCUUUGUUGUGCUUAAUCAUUGAUGUAAAAAUAAAUUUUAAUGGAGAUCGAGUAUAUCACUUGAUUAAUUA